AUUUGGUGGGGUGAAGACACUGGAGACCACUGAUAGAGGAGAGAAGAGGCAAAGAGAGAAGCUCUUCAGUUACUACUUGACAAGCAAGUAGCUUGCAGCUUUUUACAGAUAGAAAACAGUCCAAAGAAGAAGAGGAAGGGUAUCAAAACAAAAGAAGACUGAGUUAAACAGAAGGUUUGAGGAUACAGGCGUGAAAAGAGGGGAAGACACUUGGGGGAGGUGAGAGGUAGCCAGGCUGAGCUGACUUUUCCCCCAGAGGAGGAGUUGCAGUUGCCGGCCAGGGCAGGUCCCAGGGCUGGCAGGGCUGGCCCUACUGCUUCUCCACCUCCAUUCCUUCCUCCUCUUACUCCUCCUUCUCCUCCCUUUUAACCAUCAACCAAACUGCUGUGCAGUGAUGAACUUACAGGCAGAGCCCAUGGGCAACAUAGGAAUGCUUAGAAAAUCCAGCCAAAUGAACUUCUCUGCCUCGAGUGAGGGAAACUCCAGAGGUUGAGCCCUCCACUGCAAUAUAGACUGUCACCCUUUUGUCCUCUCAUCUCAUUUUGUUGCACUCACUGGCUGAGUGCACUGAGAGACUGGGGGAAUUUUUUAUACGCUUUGUUUUUAUUUGUUUUUAUUUUUGCUUUUGUAAACCAGAACAGUGGCAACCUUUUCAGUAGCACGGUGCAAGGACCAGCUCCACUCACCCAAGAUGAGCCGCUGGCUGAAAUGCACCUCCAUGCACUUUAACACAGACUGGAACAAGUAUGAUGAUCGGCUGAUGAAGGCGGUGGAACGUGGUGAGGUGGACAAGGUAGCUGCUGUUCUCAGCAAGAAGGGCAUCAUCCCCACCAAGCUAGACGUGGAAGGACGCUCUGCGUUUCAUUUGGCUGCAACUCGAGGACACCUAGACUGUCUCAAUCUCAUCCUGGGACACAAUGUUGAUAUCACUGCAACCGAUUCCACUGGUAAAAAUGCUCUUCAUCUGUCUUCAAGAAAUGGACAAUCUCUGUGUGUGCAGAAACUCCUGCAGCACAACUGUCCAGUUGGAAAUGUGGACCUACAAGGAAGAACAGCUCUACAUGAUGCUGUCAUGGCAGGCUGCUCCUCCAGUGUGAAACUUCUCUGUGACAGCGGGGCUUCUGUGAAUGCCAGUGAUUUUGAUGACAGGACACCUCUGGUGCUGGCAACCCAGAUGUGUCAUCCACGCAUCUGUCAGCUGCUGCUGGAGCGAGGGGCCGAUAUCACCCUCCGAGACAAACAAAACAAGACAGCGCUGAUUCUGGGCUGCGAGUAUGGCUGUAAGGAUGCAGUGGAGGUGUUGCUGAAGAGUGGCGCUGACGUGAAGGCAGUAGAUGGCUUGGGUCACGAUGCAUUUCACUAUGCUCGCCUCAGCAAGAACACAGAGCUUGUUGCGAUGGUCAAAAGUUACCUUGACAAAGCCACCAGAGAUAAAGAGGCUGCAAAGAUAGAACAGUGGAAGCGACAGCAUUCAGUGGAGAGAUCAGAGGCAGCUGAGGUUAACAGAAGGGAUCAGAUCAUACAUGACUUGGAGAGGCAUAAUGAGACCCUGCAGGAAAGUCUCAGGAAGUACCACCAGGAGCAGAAAGCCCUGUUAGAUGAGGUCAACAUGCUACAGCAACAGCUCACACAGGAAAAGAUAACUGUGGAAGACACUCAGAAAGAGAAGGAGCAGUUGAAGGUGUUACUCAGUGCCAAAGAAAGAGAGGAAGGGGCUCGAGGCCUGGAGACUGUCAAGGUCCAGCUCCGAAGUACUUUGGGGGACUACUCAGGGCAAUCUGUUAUCAAAGGUAAAGAAAACACUUUGGUCAAACAAGCUCACAGCCUGGAUUCUGAUCAGAUGCCCCAGAAUCCUGCCAUGUUGCGUUCACUGUCCAGACCUGCAGAAAAGAGUCAGCCUACUGUAGGCUGGGACCUCUCCGGUGAACUGGAUGCACUCCGACAUGAACUUGAGGCAGUCAAAAAGAGACAGCAGUCAGCGGAGGAAGAGACGGCACGGCUUCAAUCUGCCCUGAACCGUAAAAACCGAGAGUGCCAAGAGCUGGUUCAGAGCCGAGAUACCAUCCAGAAACAGGCUGACCAGCAGGUUCAAGAACUUGAGGAUGCCUUGGGGGAUGUCCAGAAGAGGAUGCUGGAUUCUGAGUGUAAGGUCAAACAGCUGCAAGCCCACGUAGUCGCUGUUAAGGAACACUUAGGAGGCCAGGCGACAGAAGAACUGCGUGCCCAGCUCCAGGAUAUCAAGGUUAAGUAUGAAGGGGCUUCAGCCGAAGUGGGUCGCGUUCGUAACCGCCUCAAACAGAGUGAGAAGGCCUUGGAGGAGUACAAGAGCAGUGAGAGCCAGCUUGCAGCUGAGGCAGAAAGGCUGAACCAAGACCUGGGAGCUCUGUCUGCAGAAAGAGAUGAACUAGCAGAGACCCUUUUAGAAAUGGAAACCCAGUUGAAGGAGACCCAGUCUAAACAUGGCAACACAGUACCAGCUGAGAAGUUUGACAACAUGAAAAACCUGCUGACCAAUGCGGUUGACGAGAAGGAACGGCAGCUCACUGAGCUGAGGGAAGACUAUGAUCGUGUGCUGGAGGAGGUGGCAGAGCUCCAUCGAAAGCUGGACGGUCCGUCAUCCCAGGGAGGAUCAGCCGCGAUGUCUGCUGAGGAGCAACAGAGGAUACGGGCAGCUCUCGAAGAGCAGAAUGCUUCGUUGAAAAGGAAACUGGUCGAUGUGACUGCCAAAAGCCAGGCUCUAAUUCAGGAGGUCGAGGAGAGUGAGGAGGAAAGAGUUAUACUACGAGAGCAGCUGCAUGAGCUCAACAGCAGGAUUGAGAUUGACUUUAUACCCAUGAAGCACUACGAUGAAGCUCAGAGCAACAUGGUAACGGCUUUGGAGGAGCUGGAAGACAAACUGGUGGAAGCCAGUGAACGUUAUGGAAAAGCAGAGGCACAAGUCCAGCAGCUUCAAACCGAGAGGGCCACGCUGCAGGAGAAUAUCAGCAGUCUCCAAAGAGCCGAUGAGAGACACCAGAGUGAAAUGGACACUCUGAGGUCUCAGACUGCCGACCUGAUGAAGGAUCUUGAACUUUUGCAGAGGAGAUGUGAAGACAGAGAUAAAGAGUGUGUGCAGCUGACCACACAGAGCCAGACUCUGAAACAGAGCUUGGAUGGAGAGUAUGUUCCCAGACAGCAGCAUGAGCAAGUGAAGAUGGAGUUAAGUUCCACCUUAGAGAGUGUUAAAGCAGAGAUGUUGAAGUUGGAGACCAAGGAAAAAGAAAGUUGGGAAGAAUUAAAGAAUGUGAAAGACGGAAAUGAUAAGUUGAAAGCAGAGUUGGAAAAAGUCCUGUUGGAGAUGAAAAAAGACUAUAUAUGCGUAAAAGACCACAAAGCUACCACAGAUAAGUUGAAUGCUGCUGUGGUUGAGGCAGAGAAUAGAGCAAACAAAGUGUCAGCAAUGUAUGUGUUGGCUCAGGAGGAAACCGUAAAGCUUACCCAAGAACUGGAGGCCCAGAAGAAAGAACUUGAUGCCAUACAGGAGGCUAUUCAGUCUAAGUUUAUCCCACUGACUGCGGCCGAAGAAAAAGAAAGCUUUUACAGUGCCCAGGUGAAGGAGUUAACAGUCAAGCUGUUGGAAAUGGAAGAGAAGUAUAACAAAGAAAGGUCUGCCAGAGAGAGCAACAAACAGGAGAAAGACAAACUUAAAGUUGAGAUUGAAUCUGUUCAACAGAGACUAGACACUGCUCUAGUUACCAGUGAAAAGCACAAGGAUAUGGAGGCAGAGUUCAAGGGUAAAUUUGAGGAAUUGACUCAAAAGUUGGUGAACUUAGAGCAGCAGCACGAGGAGAUAACAUUUCAGAAAGCUGAUCUUCAAGACCAGAAUGCCCUCUGCAACACUCAGAUCCAGAAUCUGCAGGAGCGUCUGAAAUCAGAGUUGACUCGGAUAGCAACGUAUGACACAGAGCUUAAAGCCCUCCAUGAUGCCAUGCAGCAAGCCCAGGCCGACUGCAAGAAAGCAAGAGAGGCACAGCAGGAGGAGGCCCAGAGGGUUUGUGCCUUACAGAAAGAACUGCAGGAACACCGUGGGGAUCAGGCUUCUCUGCUGCAACAACAGACCAAGGCCAAGGAAGCCCUGGAGGCUGAAGUCGCUAAACUUCGAAUGGCUCUCCGUGAGGAGGAGGAGAACAACGCCCAAAGAGCUGAAGAUGUAUCUGCCCUGCAAUCUGAGCUCCUGCAAGCCACACAGGCUCUCGAGGAAAUUCGCUAUAAGGAAGACCAAAUGAACUUGCUGAAGAAGGAGAAGCAGCAGCUGGAGGAGGAGGCUGCCAACCUGAGCAACAAACUAUUAAGCUUAGCAGAAAAGUGUGAAGAGGCCCAUCAAGAGUCAAAGCAAGCAAGGGAGGGUGAGAGCAGGGCCAGGACAGAGAUGGAGGCCGUCCAGGAGAAGGGACGCACCAUUGAAAGAGAAAUUAGGGAGCUGAAAGAGAGAUAUGAUGAGUCACUCAGCACCAUCUGUGAUCUUCAGAGAAGGAUUCAGACAUCAGCUCAGCAGACUGAAGCCAAAGACAAGAAGAUCACAGAGUUGCUGACAGACGUUGAGCGAUUGAAGCAGGCACUGAAUGGUCUGUCCCAGCUGGCAUACACAAGCAACGCGCCCAAUAAGAGACAGACAAUGCACAUUGACACACUCCAAGCCCAGAUCAAGAGCCUACAGCAACAGCUGGCUGAUGCUGAGAGGCAACACAGGGAGGUGGUUUCAAUUUAUCGAACUCAUCUUCUCAGUGCAGCACAGGGCCACAUGGAUGAGGAUGUCCAGGCCGCCUUACUACAGAUCAUCCGCAUGAGACAGGAGUUUGUGUGUUAAAGCUUCCUCCGACAAAACAAAAUGCUACCUGCUGACUCAAAUUCACCAUUCUCACAUCUUCCACUGCAGAGUUCCCCUGCUGUGGCCCCUGUGGGUGCCCGGUGUGUGUGUGUGUGUGUGUGUGGGUGUAUGUGUCAUUCUGCAAAAUUUCUCCAAACAGGCUGCUCUGAAAUCCUUUUUGUUGUAGUAUGGCUGCACUUUGGUUGUGUUGAGGGUAAAAGUGAAUAACUGUAGAUUUUAGAUACAAAUGUGUUAUUUCAACUCCAGUAGAAACGCAGCCAAUGGAAACUCGAUUUAUUUAAAAAUGCUAUUUUAUCAAUUCCUGUAUCAAACUGACCAGUGAAAUAAUUUUGACUUAAUGAUAUACAUAUACACAGGCACAUUUUUAAAUUUCUCUUACAGUACAGUAUGUGAAAAUGCAAUUCCAUACAGUUCUGUCAAAUCUGUUAUAAAUGAUAAUGCAAAUCUGUGCAUUUUUAUGCAGCUUUAACCCAUUACAUUCGGUGAUAUGGGAGUUAUUUGAAAUGUAUGUCCCUUUCAUAGAUUACUCACUCUUGAAAUGCUCAGCUGAAAUGUAAAAUGGACAUGAACACAAAGACCACUUUUCACAUUCCCACCUGACAGUCAGCUCUCACACAGUAUGUUUUCGUGUUUAACAGCAAUGUUUGCUAGAAUUUGAUGGAUAGGUUCACAUUUUUUCAUGUCUGUUUUUAAACAAUAGUCAGGUUGCCUAAAAGAACACUGAAAUAGGUUUUGCUUGCUGUAAUCAUUCCUCCUGAUCGUGCUAACCAUUGAGAGAUCCCUUCCUAAUGCACUUCCAAUAUAAGUGAUGGGGGAUAAAAUCCACAGUCCUCAAUCCAUGCAAAAAAUAUUCAAAAGGUUAUCUGAAGUUAACUUGAGUUAGUAAAAUCAAGUGGAUAUCAUCCAAAGUUACAGUCUGUUUAGUACAAAAUUUCCACUUUGCGUCUCUGUUGAGCUGCAAUGACAGAUUGUAACAAAAAAAAACAGAAUUUUGUGCUAAACAGACUUUAACUUUGAAAGAUAUCCACUUGAUCUGAUUAACUCGGACUGCUGAAGCCUAAUAUUAACUUAAGAUAAACUAUGGAGUACAUUUUUCCACAGAAUGAGGACUGUUUUGUCCCCCAUCACUUACAUUGAUAACACAUUAGGAAGGGAUCUUUUAAUCUCCAGUAUGAACAGGAGGAAUGAUCACAGCAAGCAAAACCUGUUUCAAAGUACAUAUGGGCAUGUGAGUAUUGUUUUAAGAUAGACUAAAUUGUGAACAUGUCCUUAAAUACAAUACUCAGACACCCAUCUGUACAUUGAAGGAGUUGCUGGUCUCUGCAAUCUGACUGACAGUGAAGAGAUCCCUUCUUAACAUGAUUCCAGAGUAAGAGAUGGGGAUUCUUUGACAAAAUGCAUUUCAAGUUAAACCAUAGCUAAUACAAGGCUUAUGAAUUAAUAUAAGCAGUAUGAAUUAGUCAUAUAAAGUGGGUUUCUUUCGAGGUUCGUCUUAGUAUGAAAUUCCCCAGACAUUGUUUCCUUGCUGAGUCGCAGGGACAUUACUAACAAAAAGAUAAGAGUAAAUUUUGCGCUAAGAUCUCAAUAAAUUUGGAAGUUACCUUCGUGAUUUGACUAACUCCAGAUGCUGAUGCCUCAUAUUACCUUCAGCUGAUUUUUUUGAAAUGCAAAUUUGCACAGAAAGAGGGCAGAAGGAGGAUUUUGUCACCCAUCUCUUACAUUGGAAUAGUAUUAUUAGGGGAUCCCUUCAUGUGCGGGUUGAAAAGAAGGAAUGAUUACAGCAUCCACUAACUCUCUUCAUGUACAUAUGGGAAUCUGAGUAUUGUUUUAAGAAAGAAUGUGAACCUAUUCUUUAACCUUGUUCAUGUCAGUUGUAACACUUCAGCUCCUUUCUUGAGACUGUACUCAUUUUGUGGCACAGUUAUCGUCAUCUUCUAGAGGUCCAAGCUAUCACAUGUGUUUUCAGAAUAAAUCCAAAUACCAAAAACCUGAAGAGGGUGAAAUCAUCCAAAUCUAAAACUACUCGCCAUUUUGGUAUAUGGUAGAUAAUGAUGUGACAGAUUUGGGAGAGCUCUCGGUUAUGUCACUCACACAGUCUGGACAUGGUUUGUGCUGGGUUUGAGUCAUGGCGGUGUGGAGUGGAGAUCUCUUGCUGUGUCCUACAGUUUGCAGUGGCACGUCGUCCUUUUUGUUAAAACCAGAGUGUCCUCUAGUGGUGAGACUUGGCAGGCCAAGUUGAUAGAAAUUGUAAUAGUCAGUGUGGCUCAUGGGUAGGCAGUUGUUGUUUUGGGAAGCUGUAAUCUGCAUGUUUGUACUCAUCACGGGAAAUGUAUUAUAAAUCUUACAGAUGGUUGAGAGGAUAUGAAAUGUGAAAGUAAAACUAAUUCGACAGAGCUUUAUCUACUAAUAUCUGCUGCUUUGCAUCAUUACAUGUAAACAUUUUAAAUACAGCGAAUGUCCCAGCUGAAGCUUGACUUAAUAUAAAACCUCAUUUAUGCAGCAGUGCAUUUUUGCAGCUCUCCUAGAGCAAGCGUUGCGUACCCCUGAGCCAGCUCUUUGUGACUCUUGAUGGUGUAGUGUAGUGGUGUUGUGAUUGUUGAGCGAGUCUCUUACGCCUUUACACUGAUAUGUUUUUCAUAGCUUUGUACUACUUUAAUUACUGUAUUACAGUGUGACAAUUCUGAUAUUCAGCAGGUCUGGAAGUAGAACGGCACAAAACACGUUCAGGGUAACAUUUACCGUAGGAUGGCAUUUGAUAACCAUAGAACAGAUUCCUUUAUAUAUGUAGAUAGAUAACCUCCUAACGAUUAGUUAUUUGAAGCACUCCUAUCUUUACCUUUCAGCUAACACCAAGUAAACUUUCUUGCUCUCUGUUUUUAUAUUUUGGCCAAAAACACUGUUUAGAUCAUUUAGAAAACAAUUCCUUUUGCAUUUUGUUCUGCAGAUGUUAGGGAUUAACACUAUUUCUUGGGGAUAUUUCUUUCAGUCUUCCCUCUACCGUUAACAUAGACUAUAAAUUGAAUCCAUUUAAAUCUCUAAAUAAAUAUACUGUACCGAUCUGUUUAAAUUGGUUGUUUUGUUUGGCAAUAAUAUUUGUGUUUGUGACUCAGUAAUAAAAAAUCAAUUAAAGUGCCUAACAUAGAAAACUA